CAGGUGCCUUCUUAUCCCGAAACGUCAGUGUCCUGAAAUCUGAGAAUUCCACCAAGAUAAUAUGAUAGGGACUCUCCGUGAUUUCGGGCCAUAUCCUACUUAGACUUAUGUGAGACUUCCAGAUUUCCUGAGAGCUUAGUACAGCGGCACACAGUGCUUACUAACUGGCAUUGGCAAUAAUGCCAUCUCUGCCUCAGGAAGGAGUGCUGCAGGGACCCUCUUCCCUGGAUCUGAAUACAGAAUUACCUUUUCAAAGCACAAUGAAAAGGAAAGUCAGAAAGAAGAAAAAGAAGGGAACCAUUACAGCAAAUGUUGCCGGGACAAAGUUUGAAAUUGUUCGUUUAGUAAUAGAUGAAAUGGGAUUUAUGAAAACUCCAGAUGAAGAUGAAACGAGUAACCUUAUAUGGUGUGAUUCUGCUGUUCAGCAGGACAAGAUUGCAGAGCUGCAAAAUUACCAGAGGAUCAACCAUUUUCCAGGAAUGGGGGAGAUCUGUAGAAAGGAUUUCUUAGCAAGAAAUAUGACCAAAAUGAUCAGGUCUCGGCCUCUGGAUUAUACCUUUGUUCCUCGAACAUGGAUCUUUCCUGCUGAAUAUUCUCAAUUCCAGAACUAUGUGAAAGAAUUGAAGAAAAAACGGAAACAGAAAACUUUUAUAGUAAAACCAGCUAAUGGUGCAAUGGGUCAUGGGAUUUCUUUGAUAAGAAAUGGUGACAAACUUCCAUCUCAGGAUCAUCUGAUUGUUCAAGAAUACAUUGAAAAGCCUUUCCUAAUGGAAGGUUACAAGUUUGAUUUACGAAUUUAUAUUCUGGUAACAUCGUGUGAUCCACUAAAAAUAUUUCUUUAUCACGAUGGACUUGUGAGAAUGGGAACAGAGAAGUACAUUCCACCUAAUGAAUCCAAUUUGACCCAGUUAUACAUGCAUCUGACAAACUACUCUGUGAACAAGCAUAAUGAACGUUUUGAACGGGAUGAAACUGAAAACAAAGGCAGCAAACGUUCCAUCAGAUGGUUUACAGAAUUUCUACAAGCAAAUCAACAUGAUGUUGCUAAGUUUUGGAGUGAUAUUUCAGAAUUGGUGGUAAAGACCUUGAUUGUAGCAGAACCUCACGUGCUGCAUGCAUAUCGAAUGUGCAGACCUGGUCAACCUCCAGGAAGUGAAAGUGUCUGCUUUGAAGUCUUGGGAUUUGAUAUUUUGUUGGAUAGAAAACUAAAGCCAUGGCUUCUGGAGAUUAAUCGAGCCCCAAGCUUUGGAACUGAUCAGAAAAUAGACCUCGAUGUAAAGAGAGGAGUGCUGCUAAAUGCACUGAAAUUACUAAACAUCAGGACCAGUGAUAAAAGGAGAAACUUGGCCAAACAAAAAGCUGAGGCUCAAAGGAGACUUUAUGGUCAAAAUUCAUUAAAAAGGCUCUUACCAGGUUCAUCAGACUGGGAACAGCAGAGACACCAAUUGGAGAGACGGAAAGAAGAGUUGAAAGAGAGACUCGCUCAAGUACGAAAGCAGAUCUCACGAGAAGAACAUGAGAAUCGACAUAUGGGGAAUUACAGACGAAUUUAUCCUCCUGAAGAUAAAACACUACUUGAAAAGUAUGAAAAUUUGUUGGCUGUUGCCUUUCAGACGUUCCUUUCAGGAAGAGCAGCUUCAUUCCAGCGAGAGCUGAACAAUCCUUUGAAAAGGAUGAAGGAGGAAGAUAUUUUGGAUCUUCUGGAACAAUGUGAAAUUGAUGAUGAAAAAUUGAUGGGAAAAACUACCAAGCAUCGAGGACCAAAGCCUCUGUGUUCUAUGCCUGAGAGUACAGAGAUAAUGAAAAGACAGAAGUACUACAGCAGUGACAGCAGUUAUGACAGUAACAGCAGCUCUUCAGAAUCUGAUGAAAAUGAAAAAGAGUAUCAAAAUAAGAAAAGAGAAAAGCAAGUUACAUAUAAUCUGAAACACUCCAACCACUACAAAUUAAUUCAACAAUCCACCUCCAUAAGGCGCUCAGUCAGCUGCCCUCGGUCCAUCUCUGCUCAAUCACCUUCCAGUGGGGACAGCCGCCCCUUUUCUGCUCAACACAUGAUAUCAGUAUCACGGCCAUCUUCAGCAUCUCGGUCACAUUCCUUAAAUCGUGCUUCCUCCUACAUGAGGCACCUGCCUCACAGUGAUGAUGCCAGCUCUGUCAGCUCUCAGGUGAGUGAGUCUUUGCGGCAACUGAAAACAAAAGAACAAGAAGAUGAUCUGACAAGUCAGACCUUAUUUGUUCUCAAGGAUAUGAAGAUCCGGUUUCCAGGAAAAUCAGAUGCAGAAUCAGAACUUCUGAUCGAAGAUAUCAUUGAUAACUGGAAGCACCAUAAAACAAAAGUGGCUUCAUUUUGGCUCAUAAAAUUGGACUCUGUAAAACAACGAAAAGUUUUGGACAUAGUAAAAGCAAGUAUUCGUGCAGUUCUUCCACGCAUCUGGAAGGUACCUGAUAUUGAGGAAUUAAAUUUAUAUCGGAUUUUCAACCGGGUUUUUAAUCGCUUGCUCUGGAGUCAUGGCCAAGGACUGUGGAACUGUUUCUGUGAUUCGGGAUCCUCUUGGGAGAGUAUAUUCAGUAAAAGCCCUGAGGUGGUGACUUCUUUGCAGCUCCAAUGUUGCCAGCGCCUGGUCGAGCUUUGUAAACAGUGCCUGCUAGUGGUUUACAAAUAUGCAACUGACACAAGAGGAUCACUCUCAGGCAUUGGUCCCGACUGGGGUAAUUCCAGGUAUUUACUACCAGGAAGCACCCAGUUCUUCAUGAGAACACCAUCCUACAACUUGAAAUACAGUUCACCUGGAAUGACUCGCUCCAAUGUUUUGUUUACAUCCCAAUAUGGCCAUUUAUGAAACAGAAGGGAAGAUUGCCAUGGGUUAUGCAUAAUAGCAAUUCAUUUUUUUUCCUCAAGUUGAACAUGCAAAGAAAAGUGACCAUUAAGUGCUGUUUUAUGUAUAUGAGACAUACAUAUGUGUGAAAAUAUAUACACACAUGCACUCAAAUAACAUAUAUUUAUUAUAAUACAUGAAAGAAGAAUUAGCAGAAAACUGAACAUAAGACUUAACCUUUCUGGAAAUGUAAUAAACCACGUUAAAAUUGUUUACACAAAUAUGUGAAUGUCUAGAAUUUGCCAGGUUUAUAAUUAAUUUCUUCCUACUAGAAAUGUUAUUUUUGCUGCAGAGUAUAUAAAACAGAAGUGAUCUUGAAGAUCCCAUUACAGUGUUAAAUUAUUUUCUAAGUAACAUGCCUUUUGACUUGAAAAAGCGUUAAUAGUAUAAUACCUUAUUAAUUCUCUUAUAUGUAGUAUUCAUUUACAAUGAAACAAAAAAGAUUUAGAAGCCUGGUAUUGCUUGAUGAUAGAAUUAAGUAUAAAACGGGUUUAUCAUUACUAUAGCACACUGUAAAAAGUACUAGAAAAAUCUCAACCUGAUUCUCCAACAUUUUCAUUCUAUGUGGAAAUUUAGCUACUUGUAAUAAUACAUUAUCAGUAAGGGUCUGGUAAGAUAAUAUUAUGAUCUAAAAUGGAAGACAAUCCAGUGUGUUAAAAAAAAUGUAAACUAGAUUUUAUUUUUACUUUUCAUAGGAAGUCUCAUAAAGGAACAGAAAAUGAAGGUAGUGACAAAAUCUGUAUGGUUUUUGUGUCUCAUACCAUUCAUUUUUAUUUAAAAGCAUAUUUUUGCUGGGUUUAACAUACAGUUAAAUAGAAUUUCUUCUGUUCUGCAGAAGUAGAAGAACUGACAUUUUAAACUCAUUUUGGUGUUAUAGGAUAAUGUGUCACACUUAUUUUAUGUCUCUCAAUGUUGAGACCAACUAAUAUUGCUAAGUCUAAUAUGGUAGUUUCUCAUUGCACUAUAGAAAAUAAAUGAUUGUGAAUAGAAAAUUCCAGUUAUCACAUAUUACUGGUCAUUGAUGUACCCAAGAGGUUUUUUAAAAAAUCAAAAUAGAGUAUGAAGUUUUCUUCCUGUCCAAAGUUAUUACGCGUAAAUUUCAUAGCAAUUUGCUUCCUUUUCUUGCUUAGUUUCAAAAAUAAUAAGUACGCUUUGAGUUUUCCAUAAAAAUAUAAACAGCACUAUCAUUGACAUUGAAAUCCUCAGAAAAUACGAUAUUCUACCUUUUAGAAAUAUAUUUAAAUUUCUUCCUCCAAUAGUUUUAUUUUCUCACAGAUGCUAAUUAUUUGCAAAAUUCAUGAAUGUUUAACCUUUUACUAUCCUAAAAGCUAUUUCUAGUAAAUGAAGAGAUGGCCCCAAAGCAAAAGGAGAACUGAGAGGAACAAAUUGGCCUGAUUUAAUUCACAAGCUGGAUAACUGGCAUCCCACAUUUGUAAGUUAGAUAUAUUUUGCUUUUAAAGCCAUCUUCUGAGGCUGUGUUAAGCUGAAAUAAUUCAUUUCUUCCCUAAAUUAUUACUAGCUAUUUGAUUCUUAAUGCCUACCUAACAUUCACAUUCCAGUAGAUACUUUUCCUUGCUGGAUACAUCCCAAAGAAUUUGCCAUUGUCUUUGUGGAACAAGAGAAUAAGGAUGUCAGGAUGAAGGAAAUUACAAUGUAGUAUUUAUGACUCCAUUUUGUGAAUUCUUAAAUAUAUUAUACAUUUCUUAUAAUAAAUAAUGCAAAAAUUGGGAUAUUACAAAAUCACAAGAAAUGAUCAACAAGUAAGUCUUUUCAUGGAGUACUUUUAGUCAUUUUUAUUUUAAAUUCAUGAUCUGGCCAUGAAGGAGACACAAUUUUAAGUGUCUGGUAUAUGAUAUUAACCCAGUUUGUUGGUAACUCAGCUGCACUGACUUAAAUUACAAAUGGUUACUUAAUUUGCUAGAAUGUAUGCUUUGGAAAUUCUGUCCUUAGUUGUAUAAGAGUAAAAUUUUUAUUUCAAACAAAAAAUAAGAAUGUUCAACAUUGGGAGGAAAUGUUGGAAAAUAACACACACACACACACACACACACACACACACACACACACACACACAAUUUGAUAACUUAGAGUCAGUUUAAAUGUAUGAAACUACCCAACUAAUUGACAAAUUUCAUUUCUCUCGCUACUUAAGUGUGGCCUUAUUUUGAGCACUAGAAUUUUAUUGCCUACAUUUGCCUAUUUAUACUGACCUAAUUUGAUAUGAUGAAAGCUAUGAAUAGAAGCCAUGUAAUCAUUAUUUAUAUAUAUUACCUGGUAUGCUCUGGACUAUGGCUGUUGUAGUGCUACUCCCUAAUGAACAACUAAGGAGAGAAGACACAGUGAUAAACCAUGGAAUUCUCAAAAGGCCAUAGAACUGUUUUAGAGGUAUAAAAUAUUCCUUAGUUUUUAUUAUAAAUUUUUUUUAUCCCUAGGAUUAAAACAUAACAGCAUAAGUGAUAGUAUAGGUCUGACUCUCUCUUUCUCUUCUAGAAGAGAAAAUAGCUUUACCUAAAACACUCUAGAAGCUACUCAGGAGUUCUUACCAGGGGUUUUGGUUUACGUACAAUGAAAACAUAUUUUCAUUCUGUUAUAGAAAAACCUGUCCUUAUUCAUUUGCUAAAUCUAAGAUGGGGAUGUUUUCCACAACAGUAUAAGAUUGGAAUGAUUUCUAGAAUUGUCUAAGGAACAACCUUUUUAUUUUAAAUCAUUACCUACAAACAUAGUCUGAGAAUUAAUUCAGCAGUGUAAAUUAGCUACCAUUUAUGUAAUCCAUUGAAGGAACUAUUGUGAUCCAUAUUUUGAUUCAUUUUACUAGCAACAAAUUUUAUUUUACUAGCAUUUCAUUUACCUUGAGUAUUUAAAAAUGAAGUUGUAACAGGUUCAAAUAUGGAAAUGGCAAAAGUAAUCUGUGCCUAGAACACAGUUGAAUUUCCCUGGUUAUCUAUAAGAUGCAAAGACCUAUACAAAUUUUACCAAGUGUCCAAAUACACAAAAGUGUCUAUUAAUUCCUCCUCCCUAAGACAAAAACCAAACCACACUCGAGCAAACCAAAAAACUCAGUCUUCUUUUCAUCUAAUGUUAAUACUCAAUUAGAUAAUAGUGUCUUCUAGACAACAAGAAAAGGAUUUCAUUUUAAUUCUCUUUUAAUUUGGAAAGAAUAUGAGUAUGGAAUUUUGUUAUUGAACCUGAAAUUUUAGAUGUUUUAACAUAAAUUAACCCAAAUACUUUCUUCUUCAGCAUGUCAAAUUCAUUCUAUUUAAAAAUUCUUCUAAAAUCUAAACAUACACAUUACUCAUCUUUUUCACAAGUACCAAAAAGUUGAUAGUUGCAUAAAUGCCAUUAUUUGAUAUUCUAUAAAGUACUCAUUCAUUCUUAAAUGUAUAUUCUUUAAAAAAUAAUAGCAAAUACCUCAAGAGGGACAGAAAAUUCUCUCCUUUUCUGUUCUGAAAUGCUAAUUUACAUUUUGAGUCUUAGUUUACUUGGUCCUAAAAUUAAACAAUAAAAAGUGUAAUUAUAUAAUUUAGUUCCUGCGACCUGAUGAUUUUUUGAAAAUUUGCUUUUCUCUUUAAAUUGAGAAAUUUAAGUUUUCAAGGGCCAUAUUAAUUAUCUAAAUAUUUUAGGCUAAUGAUGACUUAUAAAUAAAUUAAAAAUUUAGAAAUAUGUUCAUGAUGAAAAUUUUAAUCCAUACGCUGCUUUCUUUCUUUACUACUACUUCUCAAUCUCUUCCCCUUCCUUCUCCCUUCCCCCUCCUCCUUCAUCUCCUUCUUUUUUUUUUUAAACUCUAAGUUCCCUUUUAAGUUUUGACCUUUGCAUGGACAAAGCAAGAAAAGAGAAAUCCUGCCUUUUAAACAUUGGUUUGCCUUGCAUUUUUAUGGUGGUGUGUUUUUGCCUCAGCGACAAUAAAACUUAGAUAUAUCGUUAUUGGAUCAAGCUCAGCUUGUCUGCUGAGAUUUUUUAGAAUCAGGUUGAAGUCUCUAUGCCUAUAAAACCAUUAAUUGUCUGGAUCUAUAUAAAGCAAGAUACAAGGCUACAAUUAAUAGUCUUGCAACCCAAAAUUGGUAUAUUAAAACUUAAUGCACACUUUGAGAUUGCUGCCCUUUUUUCCUGUUUUUUUUUUUUUUUCCCCUUGUCAUACAUGGGUAUAUGGCAUAUUGAAGGAAAAUUACUCAAGGUAACUCAUUCUGCAUUAGCUGGGCUGUAUUAUCUAAGAAGAGCUAUAAAAGCUUUCUUUUUAUCCCCACUACUAACUUGAAAACUAUCAGUAAAGAUAUCAUUCAAUAGACUAAUAUUUCCUAAAAUAGUAAGAAGGCUUACCUUACAAAAGUAAUCAGAUAAUGCUAAUAUUUCUCUUUUAAAGGCUAACAACAAUUCUUGUUCUGAGCUGUUCGGUUCAUAUAAUAACUACUGUACAUGCUACAACAUCUGAAUAUUAACAGAUUUGCUGAAGAUUCUGGGUUUGAAGAUAAGCUUGAAAGCAAUACAUUUGCAAACAUGAUUUAUGACUCAAAUUAUCCCCAUGUGAUUUACUACUUGUAUAUGAAUGCAAAUGUUGUCACAGAAAAUAUGCUUGAAAUGUCAACACAAUGUGCAAUUAGCAUUGCAUUGUCAUGCUCCAGCAUGUGAUAUCUGUAUGGUGAAGUUAUUUCAAUUACUCAGAUGUGUUACUAUAAUAAAAAAAGUUUAACAUAAAGCUA